AUGACAGGGCAAGAUCCAUGGGCUCCAUUUGAAGGCAAGUACAAGAUCCACGAAGAAUCCAGAGAGUUUGGGAGAUUGCUAAUAGCCAGCGGGUUUAAGUCGCUCUCGGAACUUGGUGUUGAAAAAGCGAAACAAGUAGUUUCAACUCAGUUUGUAGCCUUAAGUGGAGAGGUUGACUUCGACGGUGAAGAAAAAGAAAUAAUUAUUCCGUCCCCAUACACUUUAGAGGGAAUUCCUGUAUCAGUCUACAAACCUACUUCAGCACCGGAAGUCCCAGCUAUCAUGGUAUACUUUCAUGGUGGUGGCUGGGUCCUUGGUAGUAGAAAGACCCAUGAGGUAACCCUCAAGAUCAUAGCUAGAGAUUCUGGAGCUAUCGUUGUCAAUGUUGAAUACCGCUUGAUGCCAAUUCCUGAUGAACCUUAUGCACCAUUGGAUGAUGCUGAAGUCGUGACGAAGUGGCUGAUGGAAAACAAAGAGGCUGUUGGUGGGAAACCCAACAGUAAAUUUGGUGUCGGUGGUGACAGCUCGGGUGGGCAGCUUGCUAUUGGGACCACCAACGAAGUUUCUGGUUUAGACUUUCAAAUCUUGGUCUAUCCGUUGGCAGAUACCUCUUUAUCACAGGACACUGUCCGGGAAUUCAAACAGGUUCCAGGACUUGAUGAAAACGACAUUAAAUUUUACCUUCAUCACGGCUACAGCCAAAUUCCAGAUCUUUUGACCAAUCCCAGAGUCAACGGAAUGGCAAGAACGAAUACUGCGACGUCACCUCCAGCUCUGAUUAUUCUAGCAGAGCUAGACCUGUUGAGAGGCGGUGGAAUCGACUAUGCGGAGAAGUUACGUGCUGCUGGGGUUAAAGUUCAACUGGAGGUCAUCCGGGGAGUUCCACAUGCGUUCUUCACGUUGAGAAAAAUCUUUGAAACAACAACUGCCCAAGCUUACGAUUACAUUGUCAAGUUUCUUAAGCAAUUUCAAAAGUGUUCCAGUGACGGAAAACCUGAUCACACUGUUUUUUGCUGUUGUCGUUUUUUUCUACGAUAA